GCCUGUGGGACGAUGCAUCUGGAUGCUGCUGUGAGCACCACAAAGACAGAAGCAUAUCUUCAAACUUUAAAAGAAACAUCGCCCAUUAUGACGGUCACAUAGACCUCCUGUAGACUUCAUUAUCGGAAUAAAACUCAUUUAAAAGUAAGUUUAUUUACAAAAAAGGACAAAAUAUAUCGUUUAAAGAGCCAAAGCAUGAAGUUCAUGUGCGUUUCACUUGUCAUUUGUGCUGCACUUAUUGGAAAGGUUUGCUCAUCUCGUCUGGAUCGAUGGGUGAGAACUGGAUUUCACUACCUGAAGCUGAACCUGUGCCUGAGAGUCUCACUGCCCGAGAGCGAGUGCAAGAAACUGUCUCACCUCCACCUGAGCGGGGUGGCGGUGUACGUUUCUGAGUCCAGCGCGGGAAAAGUAUUCGCGAUUCUACCUGAUCCAUACAACACCGGGGCUGCACGGGCAAAGCAGAUAGGCUAUUCUGUGGACUCGAGUUUGGAUGAUGAGAGCAGGACAAAUGAAGAGUUCUAUCCCGGAGCGAGUGGGCAUGACGCUGUGCUGCUUCUGGACCUCAGUCUCGGAGAGAGCUCCGGACACCCGUUGGUCACGUUCUAUGUCGACUUCAACAUAACCGAGAAGAAAUGUUCUCAUAUGCAUGGCAUUUAUCUUGGUGAGGAGUGCUUGACGAUGGCUGUAAAAACCUACUGCCAAAACCAGUUGAAGUGGAGGCGGAGUCGCAGUGAUCGUAUGGCGAGCCGAGCAAGGCGAACGAUGGGCAGAACCGGCCGUGUGCAGCAUAGCAGCGGCCUCUGUGAGAUUCACUUUCUCCCCCUGGUGGUCGGAGUGAAGGACAUCAACCGAACCCAACGCCUGCGCUGUGUGGAUCACCCAGACUUUGCCAGAUGCCCACAGCCUUUGCCCAUGACUAGCCCCAGUUUGCCUAUCUCCAGCUGUGAGCUCAGUACAAACAGCCACCGGUGCCAACAGCAACGCUUUGCCACACACCUGUCUUGCCGCCUCUACCAGACAUGUGAUCAUGCUGUUCUCUUGUCAGGUGGCUGGCAGGAGCAGAUAACACAUCAGCACCAUGUGCAGAACCUACAACUCUUUUACCAGAUGCUGAGGAACAACGGCUUCCAUAAGGACCACAUAAAGACAUUCUUUGCUGGGAAUGGACAGGUAGCAGCAAAAGACACAGAGGGGAUGUAUCCAGCCACAGAAAAAGACGUGAUCAGGAAACACAUUUCCUAUAUCUGCCGAAAGCAGCACUGUGCAGAUUCUCUGGUUCUGUACCUGAACAGCCCUACACGUAAUGACGGAACCAUGUUGCUCUGGGACCGCAAUAACAAUGGCAUUGCUGAUCUGAAAGAGCGUUACUCUGUGAGGGAACUUUUGGCAGAUCUGGCAGGGUGCAGGGCCAGUCGAGUGCUGCUGUUUGUGGAGCAGAGCUACUGUGGGGCACUCAGCAGGAGACUGAUGAGGUCUCUCAAAGACGUCAAUGUCGUGCUGCUGAAUGGGCUGCCUUGGGUGAAGACAGCUGAGUUUUGGGCAUCUCUGCACCCAUCCCAGUGCCUCAUAGACCAUCUCAGUAAGCAGAGUUCUAUGAUACUACAAUUGGGUGAUGCUGCUCUGGGCCUGCUGAAUGUCACUCUGGCAGGUGCUCCGUGUAACUCUACCCCACCCUUCACUGAGGCUGAAAUGCGGAAGGAGUACAUGGGCUGUCAAAACCUGCCUACAGCCCUGUGGUACCAAAAACGGCCUAAGUCUGACAACAACAGGAAUUGAGGGGAAAAACAUAAUGCCAAAAACAUCUUUGACUACUUUCAGGACUUUAAAAUGGACCAAUGCUACAGAUUUCCAGUCACCUAAUUCGGACACAUCAAUGUUCAGUUCGAUCCCAGUUUGGGACACUUCAGUUAUGGAGUACUUCCUUCUAAAAGAGAGGAAAACAAGUACCUACUAGUAGUCCUUGACUUUGUAUAAUCCACAACCUUUAAACCAUGACCAACCAUUUCCUCUUCCAAUCAACCUGUUUGUGCACACUUAAUUCACCAAGUGAAGCACAUAGACCUUGACAAGCUGUUGAGGAAUGGACAACUGUGUUCUUAAAGAACUGACAGAAGUGGGAGUAACGACAGAAAGAGACGUUGCUCAUGUCCUCACUCUGAACUGCAGUUCCCCUGCUUGGCAUCCCAUGAGGUGUGUCCCAUGCUCAACUUCUUCUCUCUCUGCCAGCCGUGGGAGUUCAACCCAGGGGCAACCGCACUCCUUUACCAGAGUUUUUUCCUUGGGUCAAUGCACAGGGCUCGCCUGGAACAAAACACUGGUGACAAUGCCACUCUGAUACACACCUCACACUCACUUUAACCUGGUGAUACGCAAUCCCCCCGCACGCGGUGGUGACGUCACUCUGAUUGCAUUUAAUAUAUAAUUUACCGUCUAUAAAUGUAAUUAAUGUUAACGAAUUAUACAUCUUUUCAAAGGUCUAAGGGUUCAAAAUGUAUAUCCAAUCUCUGUUUCACGAUAGCAAUGCUCCAGAAACAGCAAUUUAGUUAUUUGUGUCAGGGUACAAAUGAAAACAUGCAAUAUCAAAACAGGACUGUGGCAGGGCGGAGGGCGGGGCCAUUUUACAGAGAAAAAAGCUUGCAGGAACCAAAUUUUUUGUUAGAUCAUCUUAAAUUUGAAACAUAACUCCUUUAGAACAUUGUAUUUCUGGGUUGUCUUAUUAUUGUUUUUUUAGAUUAUAAAAACAUGUUCAGCACAAAAUAUUUCCAUUACUAUAAACUUCAGCUUCUCUAACUUAAAAAAAUAACAACAUAUAUUAAUUCUGAAACUUGGAAAAUAAAGCCCAAAGUGUCUUCUUUCAAAAGAUACUACAACUGUGUCCAUACUCCAAAGGGUUCAGAAAAUACAACCAUUUAAGUUUAGAUAUGUCAUUUUCAUGGUUUGUGCUCCAAAAGGGGGUGCAUAUCAACAGGUUAACAUUUCAGGACAAAACUACAUGCACCUCCUCCUUCAAGCUUAAUAUGGGACAGAGCGGUCCAGCAUGAUUUAGUAAUGAGAAAUGUUUUUCACUGCAUCUAGACCCUAGCAGACAUUGGGCUCUGCAAGCAUGUAUUUAAGGAAGAACUCUUACUCCCUUUUUCCACUCUGUUCUAACCACUCUGUCUGCAGCAUUUCCUAAUCUUAUCAACCAUUAAAAAACUAGUAACAGAUAAUGAUGACAGUGACGAGAAUAGAUUUCAGGCUACAUGCCAUUCCAAGCACAUUGAACAUACACAUACACAUUCUUUAUAAAUUACCAACAGUCUGAUGACAUUUUUCUGUAACAUUUUUUCUCACUAAUUUACAUUAAAAGUUUUGACUGCCUAAAAGUUCACAGCAGUGAAACCAGCAAAUGAGCCACAAACCACAUGGAGUCCCACUCCUUCCUGAUUUUCCUAUACUGUUGAUGUAGAUUGUCCAACCCCUCUCAAAACAAACAUCAGUGCAUUUAAGCAAAUCUUUAACUAUAAGUCUGAGCCUAAAUCAUUAAAGACAAAUACCAGUUUUUGUAGUUCAGAAAUGUGUUAUUCUGUAAAUAUUUCUGUCAUGUUCUGCUUAAUGUGUUUUAUUGUCAGUAGUUCUUACACUUGAGUGAAAAGAUGUAAAUAAUCUAAAUAAAUUAACUU